UCUCCGGAAGCAAUAGGAUUCCGAAUCUUGCCCAGAGUUGUGAGACCGUCGGCUAGUGUGGGUGCCCGUAGCGGAACAUGUCCCGCACGAGGCACCUCAGGCCGUACCGCGCAGCCACACUGCCGAUCAGAAGAGCCCCCAGCACAGGCCAGGAUGUUCGUCUUGGUGGAGAUGGUGGACACUGUGCGGAUACCCCCGUGGCAGUUUGAGCGGAAACUCAACGACUCCAUUGCCGAGGAGCUGAAUAAGAAGUUGGCCAACAAGGUCGUGUACAACGUGGGACUCUGCAUCUGUCUGUUCGACAUCACCAAGCUGGAGGACUCCUACGUGUUUCCCGGGGAUGGCGCGUCACACACCAAAGUCCAUUUUCGCUAUGUGGUGUUCCACCCGUUCCUGGACGAGAUUCUGAUUGGGAAGAUCAAAGGCUGCAGCCCCGAGGGAGUGCACGUCUCUCUAGGGUUCUUCGACGACAUUCUCAUCCCCCCGGAAUCGCUGCAGCAGCCCGCCAAGUUCGACGAGGCAGAGCAGAUGUGGGUGUGGGAGUAUGAGACCGAGGAAGGUGCGCACGACCUGUACAUGGACAUCGGGGAGGAGGUCCGCUUCCGGGUGGUGGAUGAGAGCUUUGUGGACACGUCCCCCACCGGGCCCAGUUCUGCCGAGGCCACCACCUCUACCAGUGAGGAGCUGCCAAAGAAGGAGGCCCCAUACACGCUUGUGGGAUCCAUCAGUGAGCCGGGCCUCGGCCUCCUCUCCUGGUGGACCAGCAGCUAGCCCUGGGGUUCAGCUGUGAACCAGCCCAUGUCCGCAGACCCCAGCCCUGGGAAGGGCCUGAACACCGUGGCCGCCUCACAGAUGCCAAGGAACUGAGUCUGCGCAAUGUGGAGACGCAAGGCAGGGCAGCCAGCUUGUCCCCUCCUCUGCCACCCAGGGCUCAUUCCUCUUUCUGGAAGUCCUGCUCUCAGUGACAGCAAAGACAUUUAAUAAACAGUGGAGACGUCCAUUGAAGAGCCA